UAAAUCCCCUGCCCCGGCGGAUCCCCCCACCGCGGGAGACCCUGGUACUUUGGCCCCCGGGGCGGGAUCCUGCCGCCGCCUACGGACCGCUGGGACUUCGCGCUCCCGCCGCUGACCCCUCCUCGCUCUCGCUCUCCCUUCCCUCCCUCGCACGGUUCCCACCGGCCUCUUCCCUUCGCAACCGGGGGGCCAGGAUGUCGGAAAAACGCGUCGAGGAGGCACCGGCGGAGCUGAGCGCUAAGGAAAGGAAAGAAAAGAAGGAAAAGAUCGAAGAGAAAGCGGUCCACAAAGAAAAGAAGAAGGAGAUAGUAGAGGAUGAGGAGAAUGGAGCUGAUGAGGAUGAUGAAGAGAAUCCUGAUGAUGUGGAUGAAGAAGAAGGUGGUGAUGAGGAUGAAGAAGCAGAUGAGAAUGGGCAAGAGCAAGAUGGCCAUGCAGAGAAACGAUCUGCAGAGGAGGAGGAGGAUGAAGUGGAUCCAAAGAGACAGAAGACAGAAAAUGGCUCUUCAGCUUGAGUCCUCCCCUCCCAUUUCCCCUGUUCCGUCCAUCUCUCCUCCUCCAUUCCAGCCUGUGCUUGCACUGCCCGUUAGCCUCUGGCUUCACACAAUCUCAGAUGAGGAAAGAUUAGAAAUGCUCUCAAAUGGGGAAGACAGCAGUUCCCUUCUCACUCAAAGACCUAACCCGUCCAUGACAUUGCCCAGCUGAAAUUAUCCCGGUCCCCUGCAUCCCUUCACUGCGCCCCACUUACCAGUGCUCCUCUUCCCUCAAGAAUCUCAUGGUUUCCUGGGCACACGACCUCGCCAGGCGCUUCACGUGGCAAAGCACCUCCCGUCCCCUUGUCACCUGCCUGCCUGUUCUUGGCACUGGUAUGAGAUUCUUGAGAGCUCCUGCUCCCCAGCCCUGCUGCCAGAGCUCCUCCCUGAGCCAGGGGGUGCGGGCACAGAUCUCAUGGUGCGUUCCCCGGUCCUAAGGCCUCUUCUCAUCCACUUUCCCGCUGAACCCUGAGAGACAAAGAAUAUUACGAGCAAAUAAUGGUUCUAUUAAGCGACACACGGAGACAGGAUUUAUUUUAAGCUUUUCUUUUUUUUCCAAGUUUACAUGACAGCAAGCUGGCCCUCGUGAAUUUUUUGGAAGAUAAGGGUUGCUUUUAUAUAUGAAUUUCAUCUGAGCUGUGUAUUUUUUUAAUUUGAGGCUUUUUUAAAACAAAUCAAGAGAGAAACAAUUGGGGACCAAACUUUGAUUUCCAUUUUUUCCCUUCAGAUUUUCUUGUGACCAUUUUUUGUAAAUUAAAGGCAAUAUAGCCACAGCGUUUUCUAUGGCACAGACAUCACGAGGAUGAUAGAUAUAAAUAUAUAUAUUGUUUUCAACAAGCACUGUAAAUAAAAGCGUUUAAAAAUAUUUCAAA